AUGGCGAUAAUUUCAGAUUAUCAGGACGACGAAAAGGAGACCAAACCCAAGCCAAAGUCGAAUCCCUCCUCGUCGUCGUCUUCAUCUAAAACGUUGUCGUUUAAUGCGACAUUCGAUCCGAGGAAUCCGAUAGGGAUUGUAGAGAGGCUUUUCGAUUUUCUGGUGAAUGAAACCGACUUUAUGGCUGAAGACACAGCCGAGAGGGAGAUCGUGGCUGUUGUGAAGGCGGCCAAGGAUAAGGUUAAAAAGAAGAUGGCGGAGGAGAGAGAAAGGGAAGCUGCUCUCAAGGGUACUGAGAACAAGAGACUGAAGGAGGAGAAGAAGCCUGAGGUCAAAGCGGAGGAGAAGAAGCCUGUGAUCAAAGAGGAGAAGAAAUUUGAUCUCAACAAGGAGGUAAAGGCCAGGGUCAAGGAGGAGCCUAUUGAGGUCGAGAAGGAGGAGGAAAGUGGCGCCAUAGUUCCAAACAAAGGUAAUGGCCUUGAUCUGGAGAAAUAUUCAUGGACACAGACCCUACAAGAGGUUAAUGUACUUGUUCCAGUUCCUUCUGGUACUAAAUCAAGGUUUGUUGUAUGUGACAUAAAGAAAAAACAUCUGAAAGUUGGUCUAAAGGGUCAGCCUCCAAUAAUUGAGGGAGAGCUUUACAAGCCUAUCAAGGUGGACGAUUGCUAUUGA